AUUUUGACCUUUUAGAACUUCCUGUGAACUUCAGCGUGAUCGAAGUUUCUCCAAGAACAAACUAUGGAAGAAUAUGUUCGAGAUCCAUGUCCCUACAGAAUAGUUGAUGAUUGUGGUGGAGCUUUUGCUCUUGGGGCUGUUGGAGGAAGCGUUUUCCAUUCAAUUCAGGGAUUCAGAAAUGCUGCUAAAGGAACUAAAUUAAGAGGUGCUUUAACAAAAGUUGUGACCAACAGUCCAAGAACAGCUGGUAGUUUUUCUAUGUGGGGUUUAAUGUUUACAACUGCAGACUGCUCGUUUGCACACAUACGAGGGAAAGAAGACCCAUGGAACUCCAUUAUGAGUGGAUUUACAACAGGGUUUAUUUUAGCAUUACCUAAUGGUUAUGCAGCUGCAACAGGUUCUGGAAUAGUUGGGGGAAUAUUACUGGGAAUGAUAGAGGGGAUUAGUCUGAUGAUGAACCGCUGGGCCGGAGAGGAGGCAUACAGAGAAAACGAUACGAAUAGAAGGCUGUUUGAAGACCCCACCGCUGAACCCCCGCAGCCCGAGGCUCCCUCAAUAAGCUCUGUGUUUGGAAUGUUUGGCCCUCAGACUCAGACAAGUCAAUGAUACAGCAGUGCUAGAAUUUUAAUUUAAAAAAUAUAGAACUUGUUUUAUAUUUCACCACAUUUUCAUUCAUUUUCAUCAUGCUCAUCAUGUUUUUGGAGAACAUCUUUUUCAGUGGAUUCUGAAAAAUUGUGAUCUUUUCAAUACUGUCAGUGAAGAAUUUCACAGGAACCCAAAUAUGACAUUGUGAAAGUGUGGUAUGAUAUUGGAAUACUAUGGUUCCCAAGAAUGUGUUUGUCUUCACUUUUAAACACAAGUUAUGGUAUGUGUUGGGACAUGGAUCUUGCAAAGGGAUGACUCAAGGUCAUUGUGUGCAACUGAAAAUGCUUGAAGAAGGUUAUCAUUUGAUCACACAAAUUUUAUUUUCAUUAUAAAGAUCUGAGUCUAAAGUAACAAUAUGAUAUCGUAUGAAUCAAUUCCAACAAUUUUCUAUAUUAUCAAGAAACAAUUACCUGUGUCAUGUGAUUCAGGUUUAUUUUUGUUUUACUUUGAUGGUUACCUCCCUUAGGAUAUAAAACGUUUGCUGUAUUUGUAUGACGUUGUUGUUGGUUUUGAAACAUUAAAAAAUAAUGUACAAAAAUUAAAUAAAAAACUGUAAAAGAG